AUGGCAUCUCAAAGUUCUCGGGACUGGCUGGAUGCCAGCCAGGGCCGCGAGGUUGUCUUUUGUCACGCCUGUUCGCACGAGUGGUAUCGCGACGAGUACGGCUUGAUAUGCCCCCGCUGUGAAGGCGAUAUAACCGAAAUUGUCGACCCGGACAACGAUCCUCGAGUUACAACGCCAUCUUCAAACUCCACAUCACCUGGCCUGCCACCGUUACGUCACGCAGAUGACUCGGAUCCAGAUGAAGCCGAUAUAGAAGAGCACAUGGGGCCCCACGGCUUUCACUUUCGCAGGAGCACUCGCAGAGGUUCGGACCAGAGACAUCAUGACCCGUCAAUAGAUCCAGUCUUUGAACGAUUCUUCCACAUGAUCCAGAACUUUGGCCAACCCCGACGGACCGAAGGUGGCGGCGGUCUUCUUGAUAGACAACACAAUGAUGACCCUGCUCCACCACGGAUUCAUCGCACCACAUUUACAUCCGGUACCUUUGGGGGAGGUACCGCAUCCGUCACUAUUAUUUCUGGCCCAGCAUUUGGUCCUCGAGACCAUCAUGCUGAAGGCAAUGACGCCACCAAUACUCGGGGCGACGUAGAUCCUUUUCAAGCCAUCUUUUCCAACGUCAUACGAGACAUGGCCCCUCCCGGUGGUGCUGGCGAGGGCGGUCCUCAAGUUGGCUUCGCUAGAAGCUUGCAAGACAUUCUCAACCUGUUCAACCCAGCAAAUGCAAUGAUGGGCGACGCCGUUUAUUCGCAAGAGGCACUGGAUCGCAUCAUCACGCAACUCAUGGAAGCCAACCCGCAGUCCAAUGCGGCGCCUCCAGCUUCAGAAGAAGCCUUGGGCAAGCUGGAUCGCAGACCCGUGGACGAGCAUCUGUUGGCGAGAGAAGGCGGCAAGGCAGAGUGCUCCAUCUGCAUUGACGAGAUGAAGGAGGGGGAGACGGCCGUCUUCCUGCCCUGUAAACACUGGUUUCACGAAGAUUGCGUGGUCCUGUGGUUGAAGGAGCACAACACUUGUCCAGUCUGCCGAACGCCAAUCGAGAAGCCCAACAGGGGCAGGAGCCGCAACACACCUGGAGACGCCCAGGGCGAUGCAGGCACCUCGGCGUCGGGCAAUGACGCGCCUUUCCACCGACGACCCCCGGCGAGCUUCAGCCGUCAAAACUCGGAUCAAUCCAGAGUCUUCAACGGCAGGUACGACGGCGGGGCCGACACGCCCACGGGCAGAGCAGCAGCUGAUAUGGUGUCGUCCGUUUACCUGGAUUCUCGUGGUCAGUCACGACAUCAAGGUGGUGGCAGACUGGACGAGGCUCUGCAAAACGUCGCCAACGCACAGAGGGAGAGGGACUACGAGAGCCGUGAUCGAGGGCCUGCAUCCACCACAGUUGGGUACGAAGCAUGGCGACUGCAACGCAGGACAUCGCACUCGCCAACGAGUCCACGAGCGGCAACGCUGACCGAGCAAGGUGCUCGAAUGCGACAGAGGAGCCCCUCGGAAGGCAAUAGACGCGGCAACAGCGAUGGGGAGGAUGGCCGGCAAUCAGGUCCCGGGGCGUGGAACUGGCUACGGCAGCGCUUUUCUGGAGGAGGCAGCGACAGCAACCAAGGGUCACCUCGCGGAGAACAAUAG